UUUUUCUUCUUUAAAACCGACAUCCAUUAUUUUACAUACAGAAAACUGUUCAAUUUUUAAGAAAACAAAGCAACAAGAAGUUAAUAGCAACUUCGAUUAUCAACAGGCAAAAUGUUUAGAUCCCCAUCAAAAGCAGCAGCUUUCAUGUUUAUGUUGCUGUUAUUGAAUAUUGCCUGCGAGGCUACACUUAACUCUAAGUAUUACAAAAAAACAUGUCCAAAAGCACUUACUACCAUUCGAACUUCCAUAAGAAGCGCUAUUGCUCGAGAACGAAGAAUGGCUGCAUCUCUCAUUCGUCUCCACUUUCAUGAUUGCUUUGUUCAGGGUUGUGAUGCCUCAAUUUUACUCGACGAAACCUCCACUGUAGAGAGUGAAAAGACUGCACUUCCAAAUUUCCAGUCUGCAAGAGGCUAUGAAGUUAUUGACAAAGCCAAAUCUGAAUUAGAAAAAAUUUGUCCUGGUGUUGUUUCCUGUGCUGAUAUUCUCGCCGUAGCAGCAAGAGAUGCCUCUGCAUAUGUGGGAGGUCCAUCUUGGACAGUAUUGCUCGGAAGAAGAGAUUCAAAAACUGCAAGCAGAACAAAAGCCAAUCAAGAACUUCCUAGUUUUAGAGACAGUUUAGACAGGCUUAUAUCUCGCUUUCAGAGUAAAGGUCUUACUGCAAGGGAUAUGGUUGCUUUGUCAGGCUCUCAUACAUUAGGGCAAGCUCAAUGCACUACUUUCCGCGACAGAAUAUACAGUAACAGCACAAACAUUGAAGCUGGAUUCGCAAGGAAGCGCAGGAAUCGUUGUCCUGCUGUUGGCGGCGAUGCAAAUUUGGCUCCACUCGAUUUGGUUACACCUAACUCUUUUGACAAUAACUAUUUCAAGAACUUGGUACAAAAGAAAGGUCUUCUCCAAUCUGAUCAGGUCCUUUUCAGCGGUGGUUCUACAGAUAGAAUUGUUUCAGAAUAUAGUAAGAACCGUGCAACUUUCAACUCCGAUUUCGCAUCUGCUAUGGUUAAGAUGGGGAAUAUAAAACCUCUAAUUGGAAAAGCUGGACAAAUAAGGAGGAUUUGCAGUGCUGUCAAUUAGUUUCUGUGAUUGAUGCUUCAUUUUUGUUAAAAUUUGAUUUCAGAUCAAGUUAUUUGAAAUUUUUCUUUUUUGUGUCUUUUUUUUUUUUUUUUUU